GUGGGGUGGUGUUCAUGAACCUUUUUCCUGUUGUAUCCCUAUACUACCCCUCCCUACACUUUCUUUAUCACACCACCCUUAGGGUUAGGGUCACGUAGGUCUGCGCGUGGUGUUGCGUCCUCUUGGUGGUUCGUGGUAAAAUAAAUGUGACUUGCACUAACUCAAAAAUGCUUAAACACCUCUCGUGUUUACCUGCACAUUCAGAGCUUUUUUAGAAUUUAAUGGUCUUAGCCCUUUAGCUGUCGGAAUUUUACAUUGUUUAUUGUUCAGUUUUGAAGUGCAAAUAUCAAGUUACAAGUUGCCAGGGUUAGUAAAAAAUUCACUACCGUGUUCGGUUUGUCACUCAGAGAGACAAAUACCGGUAAGAUCGAGUAUGGCUCUUGAUAUAGACGAGGUGUUACAACACAUCGGCCAGUUUGGUCCAUACCAAGUACGCAUCCUCGUCUUGUUUCUGUUUACGAUCUUUCCUAUAACCUACCAAACGCUCAUCAUGGUUUUCAUUGCAUUCGAGCCGCCAUGGAUGUGCGUCGAAGGCAGCUCCUCAUGCCUAGGUGCAAAUUUCACUAACAGCUCAUCGGUUCAGGUGUUCAGCACGGCGACAAAGCCCAAGUCGCUCUACGAGAGGCGAUGUUCUUUGAAUAGAACGGACUGGAAAUUUGCGGAUUACGACCUGUAUGACGGACCGCAACACACAAUUGUAAACCAGUUCGAUCUGGUUUGUGGGCGCGCCUUUCAAGCGUCGUUGGCCAACUCGAUGCUGUUCUUUGGCUGGGCAGUUGGUGCAAUAGUUCUUGGCAUCAUUUCAGACAAAUUUGGCCGCCAAAAAGUCUUAUUCCCCUCUCUGUUGGCUGUAGUGGUUAUAGCUUUUUCCAUGGCGUUUGCAAAAGCCUAUUGGAUCGUCGCCGUGUGUCGAUUUGUCAUCGGGUUUUUCGAGGCUGGCUGCUUCAUCACAAUGUUCGUUUUGGCGACUGAACUGGUAGGGCCUGAAAAGAGAGCGCUGGCAGGGACCCUUGUUUGGAUCUACUUCACAGUGGCCCUCAUAGUACUUGCCAUGAAGGCCUUUUUCAUACGAAGCUGGCGCAUCCUUCUGAUUGUGUCGUCUGCGCCCUUCAUUUUUAUUGUCGUUUUCUGGAAGUUCAUUCCGGAAUCAGUUCGAUGGCUGUUAGUUAGCGGGAGGAGAGAUGAAGCUCGCGAAAUCCUGGAGAAGGUUGCUCGUGCAAAUAAGGGGGAGAUGCCGAAAGAAGAGCUCUACGUUCCUGUUCGGGCUCAGUCAAGCAAGGGAUUUUUUGAACUGUUCAAGUCAUGGAAACUUGCUAAGCUGUCACUAAUCCAGUGUUAUGCCUGGUUUGUCAACGGAAUGGUGUAUUAUGGGCUUUCUUUGAGCGCUGGAGAAUUUGGUGGAAGCAUUUACUUAAACUUCGUUUUGACAAGUCUUGUGGAGGUCCCUGCUAACAUCUUGGUUAUUCACAACUGCAACAGGUUUGGACGAAAGAAGACAGUUGUAGUGCAUAUGAUAGCUGCAGCCAUUUCAGCUGUGUGUGUGUCAUUCAUACCUGCAGGCACAGAUAACAAAGGUUACAUAGGAGGCCGAGUGACCCUUGGCACGAUGGGCAAGUUAUUCAUUACCACCUCGUUCAAUGCUAUCUAUGUUUUUUCGGCGGAGUUGUUCCCCACUGUUGUAAGGAAUAGUGGAAUGGGCAUGGUAUCCGUAGCCAGUCGCUUUGGAGCUGCAAGUUCGCCAUUUGUCGUUCAAAUGACUCGUAUAAAUCCCAUUCUGCCAUUCGCCAUCAUGGGCAGUUUGUCCUUCAUUGCGGCUGUUUUCUGUUGGAUUUUACCGGAGACUCUUGGAAAAAGAACGGCUGAAGUUAUGGAUGUCUCUGAAAAUGAACAAGAAUUAGAGAACCAGUUAACAAUGGCUUUCAACGCUGAAACAGGAUCGAUGCAUUCCUGUGAGCCUGAGUAAAUGGAGUCGGCAGACGCACCCUUAACUGCCUAGCCGUGCGUAGGAAAGCAGAUACAGUCGAUAACCGUUUCCAAUUCAUGACUUUUUACCACGAAAUUGAUUGAGUCUAAGAAAACACGAGAGCUGCCGGGACUGCUGGUUUUGGAUUUGCUCCGGUUGAUAAUAAGAGAACGUGAGAUAUUUCUCUUAUUUCUUUACAGGCGAGAAAAUAAUCAGAUUUGAAAGAAAGUAUAUCUUUUAUGUACACUUGACCAGGCAGUAUAUGUUUUAUGGACACUUAACCAGUGUCCAUUUUUUCUCGUUGUUCUUAGUAUGUAUCUCUCAUUGAGUAGAGAAAAGCCUAGCAUCAUGUAUCUAUGAAACCUCCAAAAAGUUGUCACAUUAAAGAUUAAUGCAUAAAUAAUGACGGUGAUUUGGUUCCCGUAAUAGAGUGAUAAUGUUACGUUAAAAACUCUUUAUUUGAUCUUCGGCUAACUUCACUAGUGCCAGUCUUAACAGCGACCACACGGCUACAUCAACGUUGAAGAAAACAAUUGAGCCCACGUUACAGCCGUCCCCGUAUCAGCAGCUGACUGACCAAUCAUGUUUUGUGCAUUUGUUGUGUGCUUCUUUAAUCCUCCGUAGACCGGACUUGAAAUCCGGAGGUCGUGGGUUCAAGUCCCGCUCUGACCACCAGCUGUAGUCUCCUCGGCCACAUUUGUGAAUAACCAACUGGUCUGCCUCCUGCCAGUUGGGAUUUUUAACCAUGUUAUGUUCAUUUGCAUUAUUUCUUUCACCAUUUGGUUUCAUUGGCCCUGUAAAGCCCUAUUGGGGGAUGGUCAAUAAAAUACUGUAUUUAUUUAUUUAGUUGUUUAAACAAGAUGGAAAAUGAUACAUCGUAGCGCACGAAAAUUUAAACAACACUCAUAAAAACUUACAGAAAAAUUCAAAUAGAACCUUCAAACCUAGCAGACACAAUGUCGUUACCACAGGUUCAAAUAUUGCAAAAAUAUGACUUUCCUUGAACUUUAAGGGUUAUGUGUCUUACGUUAGGCUCGUCGUUACCAGAGGGAUCGCUUCUGAUUCCUGGUAAUGGAUAACUCUUAAAACUAUACUAGGUCGCAGACUUCGAUGAGGAAGACGGAGAAACUUAAGUUUAGCAAACACCGGGGAAGCCAGUCAACUGGACAUUUUCCCCUUCAAAUUAAAUGGAAGAAUAAGCGACGUCAGGAGCCCAUCACUAGCCGUGGUGCAACUACCCCAUAUUCCUGUCACGGCGUUUUCACAGAGCGAUCAUUACCGCAAAUUCAGACCCCCGCAAGAACCUCAAUGUUCAAUCACAAACACGGAUUUAAUUUUUAACUGACGUCAUCAUUUCACCGGAAGACUUUAAGAAAAACUGACACUUUUUUCCUUACCGAUUUCGCGGGAAAAGAAGCCCAAAAAUAGACCGGUCUGUAAAAAUUCCGUGACAUAGGCUUAGUAUGAGAGUUGCAUGCUCCUAGUAAUGGGCUCCUGGCACCGUUUAACGAAGUUGCGUAGUAGUAUGUCAGGGCUUCCAACAAAAUCUACAAAAAAGAAAGAAACAAAAAUCCACCAGAUAUUAAUGGAAUGCCCAAGCUAAUUAAGGAAUAACUAAAGAGGACUACCAAAUUAAUUCUCAAAUUCAGAAAAACUUUUUGUAGUCUUAAAGUAUCGAGGAUCUGGAUAAUUUGGUGAAUACUCCAGCGAAUUAUAACAAAAGCCCGUAAUUAUAAACUGCAUUUACGCAUGCCCUUUUCAACAGCACCCGAGGUUCACUUUCUGGAACCAUGAAAAACUAAUGAGAGGCGAGAGUGUUGAAAUAUUUAUUAAUUUUCCUUGGCCUAACAACAACUUCGUGGUCUCAGGGAACUCGUAAACUUUACAAUAUUACAAUCCAGGCUUGGCAAGAUCGUGGGAAAAUAAUAAAUAAGACUUGAUGUUCAAUGAAGUAAGACAAGGUCGGUUAAGUGACUUCACCUCAAAACCUAAGAUAACACAAUGUCAUUACAGCUAAUACUAG